UAUUAAACGUUAGUACGUCCAAGUUAAAUCGAAACUAUGCCGGAGGAAGUGCCACAUUUUAUACCGCCGGAAAUACAAAAUAAUCCGACAGGAUGGGGACCUUGCGAGAUGCCCGACCAGUUCAAAGACAUGCCUUAUCAGCCAUUCUCGAAAGGCGACCGCAUUGGAAAGAUAUCCGACUGGACUGGAUUAUCGCAAGAUAAGAAAUACCAAAACAAAUACCAGUCGAGUUUUGGUGGCGGUACUCAAUAUGCCUACUACCACGAAGAAGAUGAAAACACGUUCCACUUGGUGGACACGGCUAGAGUACAAAAACCACCGUACCAACGUGGACGUCAUUUCCGACAAGGUGGCCGUAUGAUGCGCGGACAAGGCGGUCGUGGCGGAAUGUCUCGUUUACCCGGAGGGUCUAACCAAUUCCAAUCGUUAGGAAAAUUGAAUAAACUCCAAAGAGAUCGUAAGAACCCCAAUGCACGUAGAGGUUGGAACAAAAACCAAGGUGGCCGAUCUAAUAAAAACAAUAUGCAAAUGAAAAGUCGUGAAGCUUCAGUCACAGUGCGAGCCGAUUGGAACACAAUCGAAGAAAUGGACUUUGUUAGGUUCUCUAAAUUGUCGUUGCCUUCCAUUAAGGAUCCUGAAGAUAUUGUAUGCUGUGGCUCUCUGGAGUAUUACGACAAGACCAAUGACAGAGUCAAUGUCAAGAACGAAAAACCGUUGCAGCGCAUCGACAGACUCUUCCACACCGUUACCACCACUGACGACCCCGUCAUAAGAAAAUUGGUGAAAACCGUAGGUAACGUCUAUGCUACGGACGCUAUAUUAGCGUGCUUGAUGUGCUGUACUCGGUCAAACUACAGUUGGGAUAUUGUCAUCGAGAAGGUUGGCGACAAAUUGUUCUUCGACAAGAGAGAUAACACCGAAUUCGAUUUACUUACCGUCAAUGAAACCGCCGUUGAACCUCCAACCGAAGAUGUAAAUAGCCUUAACUCGCCGAGGAAUUUAGCGCUGGAAGCUACGUUUAUCAACCAAAACUUUUCACAACAAGUACUGAAAACCGGUGAAGCUCGCUAUAAGUUUGACGAGACCAAUCCUUUUGUGUCGGACGAUGAGACCGAAGGAGAAGUGGCUUCGGUUGCUUAUAGAUACCGUAAAUGGGACUUGGAUAACGGAAUCGUGUUGGUGGCCAGAUGUGAACACGACGCUGUGUUACAGACGCCCAACGGGGAGCUACAAUUUUUAACGAUCAAAGCUCUGAACGAAUGGGAUUCAAAGUUGUCGGGCGGAGUUGAUUGGCGCCAUAAGUUGGACGUGCAACGUGGGGGCGUCUUGGCCACUGAACUACGUAAUAACGCCUGUAAACUGGCCAAAUGGACGGUUCAAGCCUUGUUGGCCGGAUCGGAUUACAUCAAGUUUGGCUACGUCAGUCGUGUUCAAGUUCGAGAUUCGUCGAAACACGUCAUUUUGGGUACGCAACAGUAUAAACCAACAGAAUUCGCAACCCAGAUCAAUCUCAAUAUGGACAACGCCUGGGGAAUACUCAGGUGUAUUAUCGAUUUGUGUAUGAAGCAAAAGGACGGCAAAUAUCUCAUUAUGAAGGACCCCAACAAGCCACUCAUUCGUUUGUACGACAUUCCUGAUAAUACGUUCGAUUCGGACAACGAAGAAAACGACGACGACGACGGAGGCGAGAUUAAAUCGACAAUACCAGCUGAACUUCUUCCGCCAAAACCGUAGAACGGUGAUACAGUUUUUUUUUAUUUAUAUAAAAAAAAAAUUAAAUUAAUAUAAUUAGUUGUAACGUUUAUAUAAUAUAAUAUGUUCUUCAGCUCUAAUAUUAUAUUAUAUUUCUUUAUAAUCCAAGCUCUAUUUUAUAUAUUAUUUUUUUUUUAAACCGCUACGUUAUGAUUUAUAUUAUACUACAAAUAAUUAUAAAAAAAACAAUAGUUGAACAUA